AUGACCAUCACCAUUAAGACCCGUCGCCUUCGCGUGAACAAGCUCUUGGCUCGGCGCGAGUUGCUUCUUGACGUCUACCACGAGGGCAAGCCCAACGUUUCCCAGAAGGACCUGAGAGAGCUGAUCGCUGCCAAGACCGCCUUCGGAGGCAACCGCUCCACCGGCUUCGCCCUCGCCUACGACAACCAACAAUACCUUGUCAAGUACGAGCCCACCUACCGUCUCCGUCGUCUGGCCAUCGUCCCCAAAAGGAACCCCAAGAGAAAGUCAGAAAAGGAACUCAAGAGAAAGAUCAAGAAGUCCAGAGGCGCCGAGAAGAGAAAAGUGCUGGCCACCAGAAAGGUCGAAACCAAGGCCGAUAUCAAGCGUGCCAAGGACGAAUACCUCAAGAAGCUCAUUGCGUGA